AUGAUUCCAAAGGCAAUUCGAACGUUUGUCAAUGUCUUAACAAUUGUUACAUUGGCAUUGAAUGUAUUUGUAUAUUUCUAUCCUGAUAUAAUCAAUAAAUCCAAUCAAUGUGAUUGGCAUCAAUUCAAUUCAAAUCCAUCUGAUCAUCAGAUCUUAAAGACCAAUCUUGGAUUCUUGAACACAUUAUUACCUUCAAACAUAGUUCACAAACUAGCCCUCAACUUCGCAACAUUAAGACUGCUGGAAACUAAACAACCAUCUCCACUAGAAUCAAUUCAUAUGUUAACAUUUGGUGAUCCCCAGAUUAAUGGUAAUUGGCCAUCUACGAAAUAUAUUAAACGAUUAGAUAAUUAUGGAAAUGAUUAUUAUUUAGGACAUAUUUAUAAUACCAUGAAGAAUAGAUUGAAUCCAAGUCAUGUUGCAGUUAUGGGAGACUUAUUUUCAUCUCAAUGGAUCUUUGAUUCGGAAUUUUAUAAUAGAACAUAUAGAUUUGUUGAACGAUUAUUCCCUCGACCAUUGGAAUAUAAACAAACUGUAAUAGAUACUUAUAAAAAACAUGAGAAUUAUGAUUGGCAAGGUUGGUUAGCUCAAGAACGUGAUAUGGAUCCUAUGGCAAGAUUCAAAUCUCGUGUUUAUAAUGAUGUUUAUGAUUGGACAUAUCCUGAUCGUAAAACUCCAAAUUUUCAAAAUCCGUUAUUUAUAAAUUUGACGGGCAAUCAUGAUAUUGGAUAUAGUGGUGAUGCUACUUGGCAACAUAUGGCUAGAUUCCAUCUCUUAUUUGGACAAAAUAAUUAUGUUAUAAAUUAUAAUCAAGGAACACCCCAAGAAUGGAGAUUGGUUGUAUUAGACUCAUUAACAUUGGAAGGACCAGCUUUACAAGAAGAAUUUAUAACUUAUACUCAAUCAUUCUUGGAUCAUUUGCGAGACAUAGAAAAUCCAAAAUUUAAAGGUGCCACUAUUUUAUUAACACAUAUUCCAAUGUAUAAAAUUGCUGGAUUAUGUCAUGACGGACCAGAACAUAUUUAUUAUGAGAAUUAUGAAAGAGAACCUUAUAAGAAUGGGAAACUUAGGUCUCAAAAUCAUUUAUCUUAUGAAACUACUCAACGUGUCUUAGAUAUUGUCUUCCCCAAUCAUGAUCAAAAUGGAAUAAUCUUAACCGGACAUGAUCAUGAAGGAUGUGAUGAUUGGUAUAAUUAUAUCAAUGGAGAAUGGGUUGCCUCUAAACAAAAAUCCGAAACUACUGAAGGAAAGCCAAUUAGAGAAAUCGUGGUUAGAGCAAUGAUGGGAGAAUUUGAAGGACAAACUGGAAUAGUUACUGGAGAAUUUAAUAAUACUGAAAACAAAUGGCAAUUUGAAUUUAGUUAUUGUUCAUUUGUAAUUCAACAUUGGUGGUGGGCUAGUAAGAUUACCCUUUUUGCUACAAUACUUUUCCAAUCCAUUAUUAGAUUGUUUUAG